UCAGGCCAUUAUUUUUUUUUAUCGAAAAUCUUCGCAGCUGAUGAGGUCUCGAAAGAAGUUUUCCCGCAAAGAAGUAGCCUACUGCAACGGCAGGGAGAACGGCUCCAAAUUUUAGCCUCGAAAAAUCACACCCAAGGAAUCUGGCUGUGCCUUCAGCCCACGAUGGUUCAUCCGAGAUGAGACAUCCGUUUGUGAAUUCAUAACUUAAAUAAAAAAAAAAAGAGAGAGAGAGAGAGACUGUUAAGCCACUGCCUAUACGACUUCAGCCUAAGCCAUGGCCCUCAGCCCUGCCCUCCUCUUCCUCCUGUCCGCGAUCAGCUGUGGCUCGAGCGAGGACUCCGACUCCGACCCCGACUCCCACCCUCCGCCCCCGCGGGGCUGCGGCUCGUCGGUGGAGGCCCCGUACCAGGUGCUGUGCGACCUGGAGUCGGUGUGGGGCGUGGUGCUGGAGGCGGUGGCGUGUGGCGGGGCGCUGACGGCGCUGGUGCUGGCGCUGGUGCUGCUGACGCGGCUGCGCUACGUGCCCGAGCCCGAGCGCCGCAGCGGCGUGGCCCCCCUCCUGCUGCUGCUGGCCGGCACCGCGGGCCUCUUCGGCCUCUCCUUCGCCUUCCUGGUGGGGCGCGGCGAGGGCCUGUGCGUGGUGCGGCGCGCCCUCUGGGGGCCGCUCUUCGCCCUGUGCUUCUCCUGCCUGCUGGCGCAGGCGCUGCGGCUGAGGAGGCUGGCGGCGGGGCGGCGCAGCCCGUCGGGGGGGUCGCUGGCCGGCCUGGCGGCGGCGCUGAGCCUGGUGCAGGGCGUGAUCGCCGGCGAGUGGCUGCUGCUGACGGUGGUGCGCGAGGGCCACGCCGCCUGCGACUACCUGCCCGUCGACUUCACGCUGGCCUGCAGCUACGCGCUGGGGCUGCUGCUGAUGGCCGCCGGCCUGUCCCUGGGCGUGGUGCUGUGUGGAGGCGGCCGCUCGGAGACGCUGCGGCGCAGGUGGAGGUGCAACGGCGUCUGGCUCUUCCUGUCCUGCCUGGCCUCGCUCAUCCUCUGGGCGGCCUGGCUCGGCUUCUAUCUCUACAACGACCUGGUGGCCACGUCGGCGCUGCACCACGGGCGACCCGACUGGGACGAGCCCGCGCUGGCCGUCGCCCUGGUGACGGAAGGGUGGGCGCUGCUGCUGUUCCACGCCAUCCCAGAGGCUCACCUGUGUCUGCGGCAGGAGCCUCAGUUCAGCAUGGCGUCGCCGGAAUUCUACGACACGACCAACCAGUCGUCCUCCCAGCUGCAGGACCAAGGCUACGAGGAGGACGAGGGACCCCCAGCACAAAGACCUCCAUUUGCAGACAACCAGGCCUUCACCAUAGAGGAACACAGUGCAGCUCUUCGGUCCGGUGCAUACCAUAAUGGCCUGGCAGGGCCUCGCCAGGGCCUGCCGUUCCGCAGUCAUGUGUACCAGCCCACAGAAAUGGCAUUACUGAUGAACAGUGGAACAAUGCCUACUGCGCCUCCAAACUUCACUGGAAGGCAGCUAUGGUGAGAGGAGAGUGAAUGGGCAGGAGAAUAACGCCAGAUGCUCAGGAUUCUACUUUUCAGAAGGACAAUCGUUUUCAAAAGGACAUUUAAGUAAUGUUACUUCAGUGAUGUAAUGAAAUGGUUUUCUCUUUUUUAUGGGAAAUUUCUUGUCAUAUUUAUUUGAAUCUUAAAAUAUUGUACUAAGCAGCUACAUUUUUUUUCUGUGACAGCAAUUCCACAUUCCUUAUUGUAGAUGUGUAAAAGUGUUGUUUUUUAAUGCUUUGUGAUUUUAAUGUAUUGCACAGAUUUUGAAACUUUCCUAUGAGGGAUGUUGUGACUUGCACUUUAUGAUGAGACUGAACAACCCCAAUCAAC